AUGCUCAGACAGGCAAGUUCUUAUCCAAGGCCCUGCAAUGUUAAUGUGACUACAACAUCAGUUCCAAACCUGGAGUUCUACCAUGUAAACAAAAGUUGGAUUGAUGCCUUGGAGCAAUGCCAGACAAACUACACCUCCCUGGUUGAAAUCACCAACCAAACAGUGAAUGAUGAAGUGAAAAGUCUCCUGCAAAAUGAGACACACCUGCAACAAGGGGUUUGGAUUGGCCUGGAACGCUCAGUCUUUGGCAAAGAUAGGGAGUGGAUGUGGAUUUCAAAGUCCAAAGACAUUCAUCCUGAGUGGAACAGAAGCAUAGCUGACUCAAAUAACCACUGUGCAAAGAUGAUCCUGACUGAGAAACAAGAAAUUAAGCUGCUGGAUGCCAACUGCCAUGACAGACUACCUUUCAUCUGUCAAGAUUUUUGAGAAGAUGCACCGUGACCUCUACUCUCAUGUGGUGAAAAAAGUGACAGCAUCAGGAAGACGCUCUAAUCCAGUCAUAAAUAAUAUCAGUCAAAUUACUAUAUCAUUCCUAUGAUGAGUGUAUGUAAACUUCUCACCAUAGCUUUAUGUAAAACUCUAUUAGUUAAGGUUUGUUGUCAUUUCUUUAAGUAGU